GCAUAUUGGAGCGGCUACAUGAGCUAAAACAGAAAAACGGCGGGUGCUUCUGCUACGGUAGACUUUUCAAUUACAAGCUUUAUUUAAGCACAAAUCUUUUGGAACAGCCAAACUAUGUCUUCAAACCUCUGCAGGAACAAUUAGCGAAGCUGUGAUUUAAGUUUUGCGUAGAUUAAAUGAAGCAGAGCGUAGUUACCGUAAGUUAAGACGAACAUAAAUCAGUCAGAAUGAGAGUUUUACGGUGAAUAAAGACUCUUCCUCUGGGGGUAAAUCUCUUAAUCUAGCUCAUAGUUGACUAAUCCCUACCUGUCCGUAGUGAGCAGCCCAGUGUAAGGGGGUCCAUCCGUAACUGGAGUCCUCGGCAGUCAGAUGAGUCCGGUUUGAGAGCUGCUGGAGGAGUGACACCAGAACUCCAACAUCUCCAUCCCGGCAGGCGCGGUGGACGGGAAACCGGCUGCCAAACACCUCAUCAUUGGAGAAGUCCGGUUCUGGUCCCACAGACAUGAGUACAGAAUAAGAGAAAUACGCCUCCCCCGGUCUCUCCAGCGUCCCCGGUCCUAGAGAGUGCACUGAAAACGGUUUAAACACAAAGGAAGAGAAGAUAAGCUGCUCUACGCGGCUGGGGGAUCACAAAACCCGGACUGGAAUCUGGAAGCGGAGUGUGUUUGACGCCACAUUGGGUCUUUCUUAAAAGUUAUUUCUGACGGUUUUUGCUUUAAAAAGUACCCGUCAUCUAUUUUUUUUCACAUUAAAUGAAAGAGGUUAACAGAAUUACACGAGCAAGUAGGCGUUGGUUAGUUUUUUGUACAAAAAAAAUCAGAAAAAGAAGAAUCGACGGCACAAGAAGUAGAAAAGACGGUCAUCUCACCGACCACAAGAUGGCGACGUCUGUAAACGGGAAAUCUUUGGCGCCAGGAGCAAAGGUAAAAGCUGUAAACAGAUACUUCUGAGGGCUCUUCAGAAAUCUGUUUUUACGUAUACCUAACUACUGUCAAAGGUUAAUCCUUUUCAUUGGAAUAGGGUAAAUGUUAAGCAAGCCCACUUAUUUUAGACAUUCCACACCAAAAUAAGCCUGUUAGUCAUCCAUGUAAUGGGCGGCAACUCUCCCCUCCAAGUCAGGAGCAACAUGGUAGUUUUUUUACAAACUGUUUGACAGUGAAAUGUUACAACCUUCAACAUAAAGGGUAAGCAGUCAAUACUGUAGCCAAUCACCAAACAUCAAAUGAGUAGAAAAAAACAAACAAACACAAAUUUAACUGGUGAUUUUACAAUCAUUUCACCAACUCAACUCGACAUUGUGUGUAAAGCACCUUUAAACAACCACAGCUGAACAAAGUGCUGUACAUGCAUAGACAUAAAAACAAUCAAAAAACAAUGGAUAAAAUAAAAGCAGAUAUUAAAAAGUAAAAUAUAGUUUUAAUGUUUUUAAAAACGAAUUUAAAAACAUAGAAACAAAUCACUAAAAACAAACUCUAAAACACUGAAACAGGAGCCUCAUGCAGGGUUGAAAGCCGAUGAAUAAAAAUGGGUUUUAAGACGAGUUUUAAAAAUUGACAAUACUAAAAAAAAGUAUUCUUGAUUUUCACCUUCUCCCUUUGUUUUGCUUUGGCAGGGUCAAAUACUACAUUAUUUGACGCUUGUGCUCUAAAUUUACUAUAAGAUAUAUCCUAAUGUGUACUUUUAGACAGUAACGGACAUAGUGAAGACUCCACAAUAAAACAAACAUCUGAUUUUGACUUUUUUUUUUGUUGUGGCUCAUAGCUGUAGCUUAUAUUUGAAGUUUCUCUUUUUCUUUUAUAGGACAGUUUUGUCAUGGUGAAAAAAAGAGAUUUGGAGAAGCUGACCACAGAAGUGAUGCAGCUGAGAGAGUUUCUGCCCAGAGUCCUGAACAGAGAUCUGAUUAGGAUGCUGCGCAAAGCUCAAGGAGCUCACACAGGUACGCUCCCAUUAGACUCAACACAAAGGUAGAGAUGGUGUCAGUCUGUGUGCAAUGUUGUGAGAUAAAAUAACUUUGGAAUAUAAAGAUGUUUGUGUGUAACUAGAAACUAGUCAGCAAUGACCGGGGUGAAGUUUGAGAGACAUUUUAGCACACCUCAUGAAGAAAAACUGAAUUAUUUCAUUCAGUUUAUUGUGUCAGUAAGUUAAUAAAUGUUUUACACCUUGUGAGUGUAUGUGUGUGUUUUGUUGCAGUGACGGAGCAGCUUACACAGGAACAGGAGCGGCUGAGACAGGAGUGUCUGCACCUUCAGUCCCGUCUGGAUGCAGCACAGACUGAGUGUCAGAGAGAGAGAGAGGUGAGAGACGGCGAGCGACCUGACGUUAGACACAAUCAUAAACACAAAAUAAGACACUGAACAUGUGUUUCUGUGUGUUUUUAGGAGAAGCUGCUGUUGCGUGAGCAGCUGUGGCAAAGUGGUACCGAGCUGCAGCAGCAGGCGGACUUCUGCUCCGGUCUGGGAUCUGCAGCCUGCAAUCUGCUGUGGAGCUGCUCCUCCAGUGAGCAGACAGUCACUCUCUGGCACGCUGAAGUGAGUUACACCAUUGUGAGAUCCAGUCUGAGGCCGGUGGAGCACUGUUUGCCAGUGUGUGUUUUUGUGUGUCCUGAUGGUGCAGGGGGAGCUGCAGGCCUUCCUGGCCGUUGCUGCUCAGAUUCUGGAGAGCUUUGUCAGAUCUCUGGAUGAGGAUGUCAAAACUGAGGACCUGAACUCCCAGGAGCACCAGUUUGUUCUGGCUGUUGCUGGAACCAUCACCAGUGAGUUCACAGCUUCAUACUGGUGUAGUUACACACACUUUGACUUUAAAAGACGCGUGCUGAGACUAACUGUCCUCCAUUCACCUACCCUGUCUUUUUUUCCGCUCAAUCAGACAUUGCAGCGGUAACGUGUGGACGAGACUUCCUGUCCAGCUCGGCUCACAUCCUGUUGGACACUCUGAUAAAGCUGCUGGAGCUCAUGAAACCCAGUAUCCUACCCAAACUGAAAGUGUGCGUUGACCUGUCGAGAAAAAACAAAACAAAAAAAAAAACAACAUAAAACACUUCAUCGCUGACCUUAAUCAGACUCAUUCAUCUUCUACUUAUAACUUUUAUAGGGGGCAUCUGAUAGUAAUUCUGUAUGAGUAAUUCACUUGGUUAAAGUUUUGUUGAGGUGCCCUUAACACGCCUGAAAACUCACAAUCUUUUGCACCCUGGUAAAAUAAAUUAAAAAAAGAUUAUGCCUAGACCUCUUGCAAAAACUCCUUUGAAUGAACUUGUCUUACAGCUUUCAUCCAAUCAUCUCCAAGCCAGUUCGCGUGUUUUAAACAAAGUCAUGAUUAAAGGUUAUAAAGGACUUUUUCUCAGCUGUAGUCGUAGCGCCACCUUGUGGACAUGCAUUAUGACGAUUCCUACAGAUAGUAACUUAUUCAUAGUUAAAGGUGAACUGUUGAAGGUGCUUUUUGAAUUAAACAUGCAUGCUGACAGUCUCAGCCUCUACACAUCUACAUAUACUUUUGAGACCACUGCCUACAGGUGCUCUGAUGCAGAUGCUGCACAAGCGCAGAUUUUCUGAGUUUAGAGUGCCUGUCUAGUUGCAGUUUUAAAAGCUUUCAUUUCUUUUCAAAAUUGGGGCCAAAAAGUUGCUGAUUUUCUUAGAUUUAGAUGAACGUAGAAUCGGAGUUAUACUGGCCUUCUUUCCAAGUUAUAGCGCUUGUGCAAAUAUAUACUUUUCAUAUGUAUAUAAAUAUUUUGUCAACUACAAAGUGUCAACAACCACCAUUUAGUUAUUACUUUUUCUACGCCUUAUUAAAAGCUCUAAUAAUACAUUGAUCCAGUCAGAUAUGUUGGUGAUUAAAUGUGGUCAGUAGGUGUCAGUGUUGUACUUCUGCUGCCUCUCACUAAUUCUGCACUUGUGUUGUUCUGCAGGUUGAUGCUGAUGGCUUUGUAUAAUGUCAGCAUCAGUGUUAAAGGACUGAAGUACAUCAGUGAGAACCCGGGACUGCUGCCUCUCAUCUGGACUCUGCUGGACGGUAAACUCUCCUCUGGUUAAUUUCAGGGAUGCCCAAGAAUUUAGGCUCAAAUUUGAUAGUUUAUGGCACUUUUGUUGAAACUGUUCCAAAAGACACCCAUUUUUAUUUUGUUUUAUUACAGUGGGUUUGCUUUCCAAAUUGAAAAGGUUUAGUAUAUAAUUGCGAAAGAAAAUGAGGGCCUCAUGUCAGCGCCAGUCCUAGCCUGUCAGAAUAAAAAAAGAACAGAAUCAGACCUGAGUUUCACAGUAAAGGGUUCAUUUAGACAUCAGAAGGCUCAUGUAACAAGACAGGUGUCUCGUGGCUUCUUCUCUGGUACAUUUCCGGCGUCCCAAACUUAAUUUUAAGCAUUCUGGUGAACAUUUUGCUUAUAAUAGGAAUUCAAUCAUUUAAAAGGAAAACACAAAAGUAUGUAAGUAUGUUGCAUAAAUGUCACAGUUUAGGAAGAUUUAACCUCUGUUAAGAGUGACAGACAGUUACAGUUGUGUCAAAUGCAUGAUCCUCCUUUUUUAUAUGCCGCUAUGGAAAAAUCGCCAUGACAACAGUCCAUCUGCAAGAGCUCUUAAGCAGAGAGAGGCUAUUCUGUGAUGAGAGCCACGGCUCAAAGUAGUGAUUAGUGAUGCCUGAAGGUAAUUACAGGCGUGAUUUGUUCAUAAUGUUGCUCAUAUACAGUACAUCUGCGUUUUGACCUGAUUUAACCAGGUUAGUCCCAUUGAGAUUAAAAAUUCUCCUUUUCAAGGGAGCCCUGGACAAGAAAGCAGCAAAAUACACAGCUGCAGACAGACACACAGGGAAGUGAAGUUCACAAGCACUAAAUUUGCAAGAAAAAUAGAAAAUGUUUAAGAGUUAAAAGCCACAACAUCCUGGAGAAUCUGCUUCACAGUCUUAGAUUCUGGAUUUGAAUUACACGGUUCACACUAUGAAACCCAAACACUCCAGCUGUUAGCCUCCGAUCUCUCUGUGUCUGACAGACGGAGACUGGGAGGUGCGUCUCCACUCUGUGCGUCUCCUGCAGUCGGUGUUGUUGGAGGAAGCGGUGCUCCUCAUGCCGAACCCUUUCCUGCUGAAUCCAGACCUUCAGGCCCGGGUCAGCCAGCUCACCUCCAGCGUGCAGCCCACUCUGAGACUGGCUGCUCAGGAGACCCUGGAGGACCUGCAGGCCCUCAAACAGGUACCCUAGUGUUUACCCAGCAUCGCUCCACCACUCAGGAAGUGUGGACACAGGACAGUGAAGAUCAAAUGGAGAGUGUUUGUGUGUUUUUUCACGGAGAGACCUCUGUUGUGGGUUCAAAACUCUGUGUUCAACUUCAGGUUAUGUCAGUGUUUGUGCAACAUACAGAGAAAGAGGUUUUAAAGUUGGUUCUGUUCAAAGACUUGUUAUCUUCGUCUCGCCGUUAAAGGAUUCUUGCAUGCACUCCAUGUAAAGAAAAUGAUACUGGCUGUGACACAUUAAAGUUAAUGUUUGAACACCUUCUUUCUUUUUGCCGGACAUUUGUGUUACAAGCUGUAGUUUCUUGCAGAUCUGCUCCACCCUUCACCAUCCAAAGACAUCGAUCGGUGAGCUUCCCCUGCCUCGAUUUCGGAUAGGUGUCAAUAGAUGGAGUCAGUGGAGCCUCGGAUUGUUUUCUCAUAAAUCAUUCCACAGCCCAAACUGAUAAAUACUGUUUUAUUAUUUAUCAUGUGUAUUAGGAGCUUGGUGUCUUUCUGAGCUUCUGUUGUGCAUCCUUAAACAGAAAAGAGGUUGCAGAGGGGAAUCUGCAGACCCGCUGACACUCACGGUGGAAUCAUUCCUGUCCUCACAGCGGUUUCGAUUUCUUUGACCUCCAUCCUGAUGCUCUUUGACACCCUUAGACGGCAUGCUCACGUGCUUUGUAUCCACUCUACAGCUCGCCACUAGCUUUCUUCCUUCACUGAGUUGCCUAAUCUUUAUGUGUCAUCAUGCCUGAAAAAUAACUAAAAACCAAAUUUAGAGUUUUCUCUGACUCUUUCUGGAUCCACUGAAUAAUAUCUUGCUGCUGCUGUUCAGAGUUCUCUUCAACUUGAAUUUUAGAUUCUUCCUUUUUUUUCUUUGUGUUGGCAUGUACUCAGCAAAUGUAGUGUGUGGUGGCAAAGUAUAAAGAAAGGCACAUGAACAAACAAACAUAAAUUUUGCAGCACUUGAAAACAGGCAAACAAGAUCUAGAUUUAGAUCCUGCAGAAUAAUUAUCCAAAUAUCCUAACGUUUAUUUGAGGUUUUGCAAGAUAUUUAUGAAAUUUUUACCGUGGUAUUAAAGACAAAGCUCACUUUUUGGAUAAAAAUCAAGGUGCUGAGGUAGCAGUGAAAGCAAAAUACUUUUCCACAGUGGAGGAGAACUAUUGGAUGAUAGUUCAAAUGUGCCAUUUAGACACAUAAGAUCUAGAUAAGCUAGAUUUACCUGGAAAAUAAGUCCCAGGUUCCUGUCUCACAGCUAUCAAACUGGUACAUGGUGCUCAUGUUUUCUAUUUCUUUUAUUUCUAUUCAACAACUUGUAGCCUCUGUUCAACAAAUGUCACAUUGCAACCAGGUACAGGUUCAAGAUUGUUAUUAUUUUUUGGCCUUUUCCCUCUUCUCUACCACAAAUGAGAUUUUUAGUCUCUAAUCAAAAAGAGCAUCUUUUACUUUUAAGUCACAAUUUAAAGUUUUGAUAGAUUAGGAACGUCGAGUUCAAAAACCAAACAGUCCAUUUUACUAAACUGUAGCACAUUUACAUGGCCCGUCAAGAUGUGUGGCAUCGUAACAUAGGGCUCGAUGGGGAAACACUCUCUUUUCGUGCCAGCCUCUUGUGGCCACUGGAGGAACUGCAGUUUUUGUAACCUCAACUUUGGCCUUUUUUUUUAAGUUGUAAAAUUUCUCUUCAAACACUCUUUGAGAAGCAGUGGCCUAACGUAAAAUGAUCUGUAUUUCUAUGACUGCUUCAAAAUAACAGCCUCUGCAUUUACGAGUAGAACAUCUUUGAUUUGAAACGUCAGGUAACUCCUUUAUUGUGAAAAUUCUUCACAUCUAAAUCCACUGAGAGGAGCUGCUCUUGUGUUAAAUUUUCAACCUGAGUGAAGAGUUGAUGAACGAAUCCACACAAAAGUUGCUUUUUUUGUUAAUUGUACAGCUUUAUUGUCUGUUUCUUUAGUCUGGACUUCUCAGUAAUGAGCAGGUAUCCAUUAAACAAAGCCUACACUACAGAACAAGAUAUAUUUAAGACAAGAGCAGAGCACAAGAAUGGAAGCAGCCAGGGCCUCGGAGAACUUCACUGGUGGAAAAUCUGGGGCAAGACAUGAGUGACAUUUACCUCCAAGCUUAACCCCACCCAUCUGUCCACCCACCUGCACCACUAGAGGGCUCGCUCUGACGUAGACCAACAACAACUCAUCCUUAUGUGGGGUUUCUCUUUACAAAAAAAACUCCAGCCGCCCUUCACUCGACCACCCUCAUGGGGAGAGUUAUGUUAAGCUCAAAACAAUAAUACUAAUAAAACUAAAACUUUGUGCUAAGAAGAAUCUACAGAGGACACAGAAAUCCUCGAAGAUGAGAAGAAAAAGCAGAAAGAUGGAGGAUGGAGACUGUGAUCGUCCAUCCCAGUCGAUGCAGGAUCUAGGAGGAGACAGCGGCGUUGGGCUUGUCGUCGCGGGUGACGGGGAUGUUUCGCUCGCUGCGGCCGGAUUCAUUCCCCCCGCUGACCUUUGGCCCCCACAGAGUGAGCAGACCAUCAGCUGAGAGGGUGCAGGUGAUGGCUGAUUGGUCGACGCUGGAGGGGAGGCGAUAGCGGCGGUGGAAUUCACGAGAGAUGUAACCGUGGUCGUCCUGGAGAAAAGCAGAGCGAGGUCAGACUCGGGUAAAGAUGUCAUAGUAAAUGUUUUGAAAGAGAAACACAAACCUAUGUGGACGUGUAUAAACUUUUCCUUAAUUCUGAUGCAUAAAACUCAUGCAUUUAAUUCUGCUCUCCACUUUAAAACUUAUACUUUCUAACCAGACUCUUAACUUUUAAACUGAGCUUUUGUUUUUGUUUUUAUUUUCAUGUGCUGAUGUUCUGUGCUUUGCAACUGUUUGUCAAAGCGCUUUGUAAACUUCUGUUUUCAAAAAGUGCUGUAAAAAUAAAGUUAUCAUUGUUAUUAUCAACUGUUUUCAUCAACCAUAGCUGUCUUUUGAAAAUAAAAACACUACUUUUUACAGUACUAUUUAUAAAGUAAACUUAAAAUGUCAAAACAAAGCAAUGCAAAGAGAAAACUGGGUGAGCCUUUACUCUGGUUUGUAGCUCCCUCUGCAGCACAAAUCAUAUCAGAGAUAGACAGUUUGAAGGGAAGUACUGCAUCCACUCCUAAAAAAGUUUCCUCACUGGUAUGAGUUUUUUUGGGGUUUUUUUUUUUCUUGGUUUGAUAAAAAAAAAAAAUGCAAUCAGUGUGUGACGCAGAAAUUGAUGCAAAAGAAGACAGUGAGUUUUUAUCGGUUUGGAGUUUUUUUGUCUGGGAAAAAACACAACUUUGAACAUAUUUAGAAAUGGGUGAUUACAUGUAAUUUAAUUCAAUUGAAGGUUAUUUAUUUAUUUUUUUAGUUUUCCAAUAAAUACCAGAUGCAAUUGUCAUCACAGUUUUUUUUUUGUUUUUUUUUUUUGGCUAUUUUUUUCAUGACAUGAAAGUGUGAUUUUGUGACAGCUCGGUGGAAAUACAAUCAUAUAGCCCUCUCAGCGUCUUUAAAGCAUCUGUGAAGAAUUUCUAUCUGGUUGUGGAACUAAACGAAAACAACAUUGAUGCUUUGAGUGACCUACAGAAGGACAUAAGAUGAAUGUCACCAAGAUGGUUCAUUGAAGUCUUAUUAUUUUGAUGCCUGGCUAGGUGGAAGACAGUCACCCUUAUUUAUUUAUUUAUUUUAUUUUAUUUUAUUUUUUUUUUCACGGCAAAGAUUGGUGAAAGAUAACAGGAAAAAAAAAUUGGUAUGAGAUUUGUAUGUUUUAGAUCAACAAAUUGAAAAGAUGUCCUUGUUUGCUUGCAGGGACGGCCAAAAUCCAACAUAAACUGAAAGUCUUUCUGGUUCAACCUCUACCAAACACUACAAUUAUUUAAUCACAUUUUAAAAACUCUGUUCUGUCUCUCCUUUUAAAGUUUCCAUUUAAAACUCAAACUUUUCUCUCAAGUUGUACGCAUACGAUGACCGUACCCUCGCUAACCAUCUCAGAGGUGAUGAAAGAGCGGAGGAGCCCUUACCUGUCGCUCGCCGUGCUUGCCCUGGAUCUCCACGUAGUCGUCGGUGACUUUCACACAGAGCUCGUCAGGAGAGAAGUGCUUGACGUCCAGGUAGACUGUAAACUUUUCCCUGUCAGACCUCACCUGGGAAGGAGCACAAACAUUGACGAGGUCUAUAGCAUCAAAACAUCAUCAAGUGAAAGUCUGUUCCUGACGUGAGAAGAGUAGAAGUGAGUAAAAAAUGAAAUUCAAGAGUGUUUCUGGAGAUGAAUCAGACAAGAUUAACAGUGGUCAGGACAGAUCACUGUGGAUGUCAAUGUUGAAAUUGUAUGUUAAAAGUAAGAACUAACUGGUUAAUUGAUUCAAAUUCAGCACUUUAGGAAGUACACACUUUCUACUACUUUGGUGAGAUUUUACGAGAUGUUUUGAUGAACUUAAGUGAUGCAAACAUGGAUGAAAACAUCCCUUAUCUUUCUCCACCUCUGCCUUUAACAGCCUGUGCAUUUAUCCAACAUUUUUGAAUCUUAAUUUUGGUCUUUUUUACCUCAGAAACGCCAGAAUUGAAGGAAUCCAAAAAGCUGCGGAACAGGGUCUGUCUGUAAUAAGGGCUGAUGGUGGAUGAGGUGUAAGGAAAGAAGUCGUAGUCGAACAUGCCCUCCCCGAAAAACUGGUCAAAGAGUCUGGCGGGGUAGACGGAGCCCAGGGCGCGUCUGAACCAGGGGUGCUGGAUAGCAACAUCCAUAGUGACCGCAGACAGAUCAGUGAAGCUCAGGUGAAGAUGUAGCUGCUCAGCUCAGACUCCAGGAGAGAGAAUUUAAGAGGUAAUAAGGUGAGACAGAGAACAGAGAGUGGAUGAAAAAAGCUACAAGUGAAGAAGAGUUUGCAGAGUGUUUCGUCCCCUGCUCCACAGCUGCCUCCUCUUUUUAUACCUGAGAGCCAGAAAGAGGGGCUUUAGCCAGGAUCCCUCUGGAAUGGCAUUAUCUCAUGGUGGGUUGGACCCCGUCAGCAGAAUCAGGCCUGAGGAUGGAGAGGAGGGAUGGGGUGGGGGGCACCGCUGGGUCCAGACCCAGUGCCAUCCACAGACCAGACACUCAGGGCUGCCAAAA